CAAGGCCUACUCUUCUUCCCACUUGUCCCCUUCUCUCUCCUCUCCAAACCCUAGCCGCCUUGCUCACUUCCCAGCUCGAAACCGCCACGGUGCGAUCCACGGCAGUGCGGCAGCUGAACCUGAGGCCAAGGAGGAGGCGGCGAGAUGGUGGUGGUGUCCGGAGGCGGCGGGAACGCGUGGGCGAAGGAGAUGACCAUUCGCCGCAGGAUGGCCAGCAUCUUCAACAAGACGCAGGAGCAUUUCCCGUCUCUGAAGGACUACAAUGAUUAUCUGGAAGAAGUGGAGGAUAUGACUUUCAACCUGAUCGAAGGCGUAGAUGUCGAGGCAAUCGAAGCUAAAAUUGCGAGGUACGAACAAGAAAAUGCAGAGCAGAUAUACUUGUCCCGAGCAAAAAGGGCUGAAGAUCUUGCGGCAGCACUUAAAGCAAGCAGAAUGAACCCUGGAGAGGCCAAUACCAAUGAUACGACUGCUGGAAGCUCACAGGGCAUUAGUGGCGGGGCGGGAGUUCAAGGCCAGUAUGCUCCUGCUGCUGUUCCUGGCGGGCUGGCUCAGCCUCGCCCAACAGGUAUGGCACCCCAACCAAUCGGUGGUCGAUCAGAUCCUCUUCAAGGAGAUGACGAGGAAACAAUGAGACUGCGUGUGGAGAGAGGAGCAAGAGCAGGUGGAUGGACUGUUGAAUUGGGUAAGAGAAGAGCACUGGAGGAGGCGUUUAGCACCAUAUUCAUCUAGGAUCAGAUCAAAUGGCAGCACCUGGCCUGGAGGAGGCCGGACUGAUAUAUUUGAGACAGGCUUCCGACAACUACAGAGCGUUGGAUGAUCUAUAACUUGUAGUUGGCUCCAGCAUAUGGACUUUACACAAAGGGGAGUAAAGAUGUUAAGUACCUAUCAGCAUCAAAGCGGCAUGGCCAUUGCAAAAACAACCUUUGGAAGCUGGGAACUUGCAUAUUGUUGUACCGUGUCAAUCUCAGUUACAUCUUCACAGUCAGACUCGUGACUGUUCCUCCCAAACACAAUAUUUAGAGCCUCGCCUCCCGCAAACAGACUCCAUUUUUUUGUUCAUGUUUCAUUUAUUUUUAUUCAGAAUUUUAGCUAAGCUCAGUCUUGUGAUUUUGGGGGGUAAUAAUAGUCACAAAACUGUUGAUUCAGAGUUCAGAUGAACCAAAUGCAAUUAAAAUUACUGAUAUCAAAUCCUUCCCUCUUUUAAGUUUGA